UCCGCCCAUGCCAUUCUUACCUGGUGCCCCACUGCCCGAGUUCUACCGGUGGCCCGCGGCGGCGCCUCCUUCAAGUUCAAGGUCAUGAGUCUAAGAUCAUUUCAGCAGAUUCCUCAACCUCCAAACCUCAAAUCGUCAUUUUUUUUUGCUGUGGAAACUUUUGUAAGCUCCACCUGGUGAUAGUUCAGGCUUGACCUUGUAAAUCUACUAGCAGUUAACUGGAUUAAAGCUCAAGUGGGAAAGGGUGAAGAACACUUCAAUAGAUGAGGAACCUUUAUUUGUGAAUUGAAGAACUGAAUAUGAUUUUCAGCUGUCAAGGCUUAGUGCAGUUGUCUGGCAUCAAGAGAGCAGUAUUGGAGCAUAUAAGUAGAAAUCUAGUGACUUCCAACAGCUCAACAUGCCGAAAGAUAGAAUGGUGAAUUCUUCGUCCUUCAAUGGGGCAAGGGUAUCUCCUUAUGCUUGCAGCUCAAAGAAUACUGACCUACCACCAGUAGAGAAUGAAAGAGAAUGGGAAGAAGUUAGGUGCGUCAUAUGUAUGGAGCAUCCACACAAUGCUGUCCUUCUACUUUGUUCAUCAGGGGAAAAGGGUUGCCUGCCUUAUAUGUGCGACACAAGUUACCGUCAUUCAAAUUGUCUUGAUCAAUUUUGUAAACUAUCAUCUGGAACACAAUCAGAAGUUCAACAAGAAAGAAGUACUAUAUCAGAGACGAUGCUCCACAGGGGAAAUCAGGGACAACCUUCAUCAAGAACAACCUGGUCUACUUGGGGACAGCAACCAGAGCUUGUCUGCCCUCUUUGCCGGGGACAGAUUAAAGGAUGGAUUGUUGCAGAUGCAGCUCGUAAAUUCAUGAAUUCCAAACAGAGGAGUUGUUCCUUGGAGACAUGCAAUUUUAAUGGCAAUUAUGGAGAACUAAGAAAGCAUGCCAGGCUUGAGCAUCCCUCAGACAGGCCAGCCGAGGCUGACCUUCAAAGACUGUCUGAUUGGAGAAGGUUGGAGACUCAAAGAGACGCUGGGGAUACUCUCAGUGCAUAUCAGACGCCAUUAGGUGAACUCUAUCCUCCAGAUGACUUCUUUCAGCUGCCUGCUGGUAUGUUUGACUUCCUAGAUGAUGUGUACCCUGAGACUGAGGAUGGCUCAAGUGAAGACAACAAUUUGUUAAUGGAUUUGGCAAUUGAGUUCCCCUUCCUGAAUAACUUCCCAUAUGUGACUUGGGACAUAUGAAGAGGUGAUGAUGAUGGAAUGUGUGCUAGUCGAUCACAGACGUGCUAGAUCCGAAAACAGGAGACCCAGGAGGUAAGCUACAUCAGAUAAUCAAGGGGGAAAGACCAGCAACAGGAGGAGACACAAUAGGUCAUCAAGGCGCAUGCCCAGCUCCUUCGGGCAUUAAACCAUUGAAUUAAUGCUUGAUUCCUUUCAGAUUGAAGUUCUUUGGUUUUCGGGUAUCUUGUCAUCACUGAAUGGAGGAAUUUCAUGUCAUAAUUCCUGUUAUUUGUACUCUCAAAUGACCAUUGUCAUUUCAUUUCUUUUCCCUUCUUACUUUGAUACUUUAAGAACAAGUGUUUCCCCCCUCAUGAAGUUAUAGUUACUGGUUUACUAGCUCUGAACAUAUGAAACACACAGCUUGUUAAGAUCAUAAGGGAUUUCUUUUUAAAGGAUGUUAAGCUUAACCGUA